GAGUAAAAUUUAUUUGACAUUUAGACUAGCAAUAUCCAUUUGACGCGACAGUUCGAUUUUUUUAGAAUUUCUUUUCGAAAUAUUUCGUGCAAUGGCUGCCGACCAGAAUCAAUUUUACCAGAUUUUAAAUUCGCUUUUGAGCUACUUAAACGAUGAGCGUGAUCAAGCUGAGGCAACAUACAGCAACAUACCCGUCGACGUCAAAGUAACAAAUUUACUUACCGCAUUACACGAUGCGAAUCUGCCAAAUGCAACACGAGAGCUGGUUGCUGUAUUAUUGCGUCGCCUUUUUUCAACAGACUUUCAGGAUUUCUAUGCGGCUCUACCACCCGAGUCUCAAGCCCAGUUGAGACAGCAAAUUUUGUUGGCCGUCCAGCAGCCCGUUGAAGCAAAUCUACGGCGGAAAAUAUGCGAAGUCGUUGCAGAAGUGGCCCGAUAUUUGAUUGACGAUGAUGGAAACAAUCAAUGGCCGGACCUUUUGCAAUUCCUAUUCCAAUGCAUCAAUUCACAGAAUGCGGAAUUGCAGGAGGCAGCAUUGCGGAUAUUCGCUGCUGUGCCCAGCAUCUUCGGCAAUCAGGAGAACCAAUAUCUGACCAUGAUCAAGCAAAUGUUACACCAGUCUAUCCAACCGAAUGUGGUGGCCGAGGUACGAGUUCAAGCCGUGCGGGCCAUUGGAGCGUUCAUUCUGGCGCAUGAAAAGGACGCGAGCAUACUGAAAGCCUUUGCUGAGAUGUUGCCGCAAAUUAUCGAAGUGAUUGGUGCCAGCGUACACGAGGAGGACGAUCAAACGCUGCUGAAGCUGUUGGUCGAAUUGGCCGAAAGUUGUCCGAAAUUCUUGCGAUCGAAUUUGGAAAAUGUGUUCGAGAUGUGCAUCAAGAUCUUCAGCAAUGAGGAGACGGAAGAUAGUUGGCGUCACUUAGCACUGGAGGUGAUGGUUUCGUUGGCCGAAAAUGCACCGGCCAUGGUCCGCAACAAGGCCGAAAAGUACAUCACCAUCCUGAUCCCGAUGAUAUUGCAAAUGAUGACCGAUUUGGAGGACGAUCCGUCCUGGUCGGUGUCGGACGAUGUCGAUGAAGAUGACACGAAUGACAACAAUAUCAUAGCUGAAUCAGCGUUGGAUCGUCUGGCGUGCGGCCUGGGCGGAAAAUUGGUUUUGCCGCUGAUCAUUGCCACGUUGCCGGGCAUGUUACUGCAUGAAGAUUGGAAGCAAAGAUUUGCCGCUCUGAUGGCUGUAUCGGCGAUCGGUGAAGGUUGUCACAAGCAAAUGGAAGCGAUGCUCGACGAUGUGAUGCGUGGCGUGAUCGAAUAUUUGAACGAUCCGCAUCCCCGCGUUCGGUACGCUGCAUGCAAUGCCAUUGGGCAAAUGUCUACCGAUUUUGCGCCCGUAUUCGAAAAGAAAUUCCACGAACGGGUGAUUCCCGGACUGUUACAUCUGUUGGAUGAUGUAGAAAAUCCGCGGGUUCAGGCUCAUGCUGGUGCAGCAUUGGUGAAUUUCAGCGAGGAUUGUCCGAAGAAUAUUUUGACGAAAUAUUUGGACAAUAUCAUGCAAAAGUUGGGCAAAAUUCUGAACACCAAAUUCAGCGAAUUGCUGCAAACGGGCACGAAAAUGGUUCUGGAACAGGUAGUGACUACUAUCGCAUCCGUUGCGGAUACCAGCGAAAAGGAAUUCAUCGUCUACUAUGACAGUCUCAUGCCAUGUCUCAAAUACAUCAUCACGAAUGCAACCAGCGAAGAGCUGCGUAUGCUUCGCGGCAAAACCAUCGAAUGCGUUAGCUUGAUUGGGCUGGCUGUCGGUCAGGAAAAGUUCAUGGCCGAUGCAAAUGGCAUUAUGACAUUGUUGCUGGAAACGCAAACCGUUGGCGAUCUGCCCGACGACGAUCCACAGACGUCAUAUUUGAUCAGUGCUUGGGCACGUAUGUGUAAAAUAUUGGGAAAACAGUUCGAACAAUAUUUGCCGUUGGUUAUGGGUCCUGUAAUGCGAACGGCUGCUAUGAAACCGGAAGUAGCAUUCCUGGACAAUGAUGAAGUGGAGGACAUUGAAGGGGACGAAGACUGGUCGUUCAUUAAUUUAGGAGAACAGCAAAAUUUCGCUAUCCGAACGGCUGGUAUGGAGGACAAGGCGGCUGCUUGUGACAUGUUAGUAUGCUAUGCGAGAGAAUUGAAAGACGGAUUCGCCGAUUUUGCCGAAGAAGUGGUCAAGCUAAUGGUUCCAAUGCUGAAAUUCUAUUUCCAUGACGGUGUGCGUCGCACGGCAGCUGAAUCACUUCCAUAUUUACUGGACUGUGCAAAAAUCAAAGGUCCAACAUAUCUGGAAGGAAUGUGGCAGUACAUUUGUCCGGACUUAUUGAAAGCCAUUGACACGGAACCCGAAGGCGAAGUUCUCUUCGAAUUGCUGCACUCGCUGGCUAAAAGCAUAGAAACACUCGGCCCAAAUUGUCUAUCACCGGAAAAUAUGACUGAAGUGUUACGACUCAUAGCCAAGUACAUGGACGACCAUUUCCAAAAAGCGGAGAAACGAGCACUGGCCCGCAACGAGGAGGACUACGAUGAUGGCGUCGAAGAGAAAUUGGCUGAAGAAGACGAUAAUGAUACCUAUCAACUGUCGAAAAUUGCCGACGUUAUCCAUGCACUGUUUCUGACGAACGGCGUUACAUUUCUGCCGCAUUUCGAUCAGGUCAUUCAGCAUUUCAUCAAGCUGUUGGAUCCGUCGCGACCAUGGGCGGAUCGCCAGUGGGGAUUAUGCAUUUUCGAUGAUGUAAUAGAAUACACCGGUCCGAUGUGCGCCAAAUAUCAGAACAUUUUCCUGCAACCAGUUAUAGAAUAUACAAAAGAUACCUCUCCAGAGGUAAGACAAGCGGCUAUUUACGGGUGCGGAGUUAUAGCUCAGUUUGCUGGUGACCAAUUCGCUUUAACUUGUGCCCAAACCAUUCCACGUCUAGUUGAAGUAGUUCAUGCACCAAAGAGCCGCGAACCCGAAAACGUAAAUCCGACCGAAAAUGCAAUUUCCGCCGUCACAAAAAUCCUAAAAUACAACGGUUCAGCCAUACCGAACAUAGACGAGAUUAUUAUGCUAUGGUUCUCUUGGCUGCCGGUGGUAGAAGAUAGCGACGAAGCACCUCACGUUUACGGUUAUUUAUGCGACUUAAUUCAAUCCAAUCAUCUUGCUGUCCUUGGCGCUAACAAUUCGAAUUUGCCGCGAAUUCUGCAAAUUAUUGCCGAAGCAUUCAACAGUUGCGUGAUUCAGCCGCAACAUGAAGUAGGCGUCCGAAUGAUACAGAUCGUUAGGCAGUUGGAGACCGAUCAAGAAUUGUUCAAAGCAUGUUACGAUACGCUGAAUCCAGAGCAGGUGGAAGCGUUGAAGAAUGCUUGCUUGGACUCGAUGACGGCAGCAGCAGCAGCCGUGGCGCCAUAAAUUAUGAGAUCAGUCGCCUGAUUGUUUUUUUUUUAAUUUUCUACACAAAACAAAACAAAAAUUACUUUCCAAAACUCUUCAAUCCAAACCAUAUUUUAUGCGCAACACUCAUCCCCAUUUGGAAAACCAAAACAUCUCCGUGGAAAUUCGGCCGAAUCAGUUGUGGGCUGGCUCUCAUGAGGAAUGUUGCUUUGUUCUCGUUUGCACGCCGCGCCAUCCAAAUUUUUCUUUUGUUUUUAUUUUGAGAUUCAAAUAUGGAUUUAUGUAUUCACACCGCAUAAUGUUUCAGAAAUAUUAUAAAAAAAUAUAAUUAUUAUGGAAACAAAG